AUGGGCGAAGCAGAAAUACAGCGGGAGGAAAACCCUAAGGAUGAUGAGAAGCCCAAGUCAGAGAUGGGAGGUGAGUUAAUGUUGUUUGAUGAUGGGUCCAUGACGGCGGACAAGGCGCAGUCCAGCGCUAUGAGCUUGAUCAUCAACUAUGCAGAUCCAGCACUGGCAGCUGGCACAGCAGUCCUUGGUUUAGGACUGGUGGUGCUCCCUUUUCUCAGCAAGCUGAACAAGCUGGCUUCAGAUGAUACGUUCCGAUACCAGGCACAUGGCGAGACGAACGCGAAGCAGCCCAUGAGGUUGUUUACAGAGGCUGAGCUCCGCCAGAGACUGGGCUCCUUGGACGUUGAUGCCGUGGCCAUGGAGAUUACCAUGAGCACAAAUGAGCUGGAUGAGCACAUGGAGGCCUCCAGCAUGGAAGAGACGGACGAUGAGGUCAGCAGAAUACAGAAGUGGCGCGACUCCGUCAACGCCAAUCUGAAAAGCCUGCAGAAACGUUCAGCCCUUGCUUUCCUAGGGCUGCCACCAGAUUCAAACAUGAAUGACAUCAAUGCAAUGUACAAAAAGAUGGCGCUGGAACUCCAUCCGGACAAAGGUGGUGAUCCAGAAAAGUUCCAGGAAUUGCAGGAAAUGAAGGAGCGCCUUACAGAUUUGGAGAAAGACGAGGAGGACGGCAAAGACGGCAAAAAGGACACGGAGGAGGAUCCUGAAGAGGAGGAGGCCAGGAAAUUGAAGGAAAAGGAAGAGGAGGAAGAGAAGAACAGAUUGCCGCCAAAUGAAAGGAUAAAGAAACUGCGCAUGGAUGUCCAUGACAAUACAGUCCGACUCUGGGAACGCGCCAAAAAAUCUCGGGAUGAAAUCGUUGGAGACAAGGCUCUGAAGUCCAAUUCUCAGCCCGCCCUGAACAUCUUGCGCCUCUUUGUCGAGCGAUUUGUAGCAAAUGAGAUCAAGACGCUUCGACAUGACGACACAAGAGGGGCUGAAGCAAAGUUGCGAAAGUUCUUGAAGCAGGGAGCGGAAAUUUUGUCAGUGGCUGCACUUGCAGAUGUGCAAGCCACACUGUCGACACUGGCCAUGCACUUCAACUAUCGACUUGUCGCUCGGAGUGGCUCACCUGACAUUAAGAACAAGUGCGCGGCUUUGCUGGAGGCUGUGGGUGAGGUCCCGCAGCUGGCAGAGCAAUUCCUGCAGCAAAUGGAAGCCGAUUUGGCAGACCAGAGGGACCGCGACAAACGCCGAAAAGAGCGGAUGGCCGCCGAGCAGCGUGAGCGCGAAGCGCGAGGGGACUUCAGUGGCGAGGCUGGCAAGAAGAGUGACGAGGCCCAGGCAAAGGCCAAGUCGGAAGCCAAGCCAGCACAGAAGGAGCCACAUGCCAAUGGCGGAUACCCUGACGCAAAGUCCCAAGCAACGCAGCCAAAACCAUCGGAAGCCAAGCCGGACCCUUUUGCAGACUUCGACUUCGGCGAGCCUAAAAAGGCUGCGGCCCCGAAAGCAGCACCAAAAUCAGAGGCGGUUGCUGUCAAAACCGAAGAUGAUCGAAGUGCAAUACAAGCGGCGGUGAAGCAGAAGCGAACAUCUUGGGAUGCAGCGUUUGACCACCCUUAUGCUGGAGCUCUGAAGUCCAACGGAACUGGCAUUUACUGCAGACCUUGCCAGAGAUGGAUCGUUACUUACGAGUACAACACGGAGGUGUUUCUGACCCAUGUGGAGAGAGUACAUCCAAAGCCUCCACCUGGCUGGUCCGUUUAA